UUUACGGAACAAUCAUUUCUGUCACUGUUUCCGUUGUUUGGGGGAAGGAAACGCGUGUCGGACCGGAAUGCUGUACUGGCCUUUCAACAUGGUAGCGUACAUUGACAGCGCUUUCUGAAGGAGACUCUAGUCUUGUCCGAUUGUCGGCAUUAAUGCUGGAUGAGGUUCACCGAAGAGUGAAUGUGUGAGCUUCACGUCCGUGCGCACUUCUGUUCUCUAACACUCGCUAUGAUGGCUCGACUAUGAAGGGCAGCCGCUGCCUGCAUCAGCUCAAGUCUCUGCGGCUGCUCAGCCACGCAGGGAGGCUGCUGCCUCCUGCUGCUGGAGACAACGGCGCUCUAUUCCGGCCACGCUCCUCGAGUCAGCUCGGCGGCUUGCAGUGCGCACAGCGCGAGGUGUUGAGACAUUUCCACAGCAGCCCAGCGUGCACCAAGGGUCAGCCUGCACGGUUCGUUCAGGAGGAGGACAAGACGAGGGACAAAUCUCUGGUCACCCACGAUGACCUGUUUGAGCAGGUUGCCAAAGAAGCCAAAACCAAGGCCACAUUUAACAAAGUGAUAGACGUCUACACCAAGGGAGACAUAAGGCGUCGAGGUCAUGUGGAGUUUAUCUAUGCUGCUCUGAAGAAGAUGCCAGAAUUCGGGGUGGAAAAAGACCUCACUGUCUACAACAAGCUGCUGGAUGUUUUUCCUAAAGAGGUAUUCGUGCCGCGAAACUUCAUCCAGAGAAUGUUCAACCACUAUCCCCGUCAGCAGGAGUGUGGAGUGCAGGUCCUGGAGCAGAUGGAGAAUUAUGGUAUCAUGCCCAACAUUGAGACCAAAGUGCUGCUGGUCCAGAUCUUUGGAGAAAAGACCCACCCUAUGAGAAAGUACCAGCGUAUCAUGUACUGGUUCCCCAAGUUCAAGCACGUAAACCCCUUUCCUAUUCCUGAGCAACUGCCUGAAGACCCAGUAGACCUGGCACGCUUCAGCCUCACUCGCAUGGCAAACGACUGGGAUGCAAAAGUGACCGUCUACCAGCUGCCCUGUACAGACGUCACAGAGAGCGGCGCUGAAGUCACACUUCCACAUAUAGUAGGCAUCCAGAGCCCCGGCCAGAUGGAAGCGCUCGCUAAGCACAACCCUGACAGACCCGUGUUUGUGGAGGGCCCCUUCCCUCUGUGGAUGAGAAAAACGUGUGUUUACUACUACGUCCUCAGAGCUGACCCUACCCCACCUGAAGAGAAGAUAGAAGAGCCCUAUGACCCAGAGAGGUGUUUGAGCUAUCCUCUGCAGCUAGACCUGGAUUUGGAUCGCGACCUGGGGGACGAUGAGAGCUUCGAUGUGGAAGACUUGGAUGAAGGUCCAGUCUUUGCCAUGUGCAUGACCAGUCAGGGGGACCAGGCUACCCUCAAUCAGUGGAUCUCUGGCCUCCAAGAGAGUAACCCCAUCCUAGGUCAGAUCCCCACGCUGUUCCGACUGGGCGCUGGACCCCGGGAGCUGCAAGGGGUGGGCGACGCCGACUCGGCCAGUCGAUCCUGGUUUCCUUCACACGUCCAAAGAGAAGAAGCACACCCUGGGGAGGAAGCUGAGGCUGUAGUGGAAGAAGCUGAGGCUGUAGUGGAAGAAGCUGAGGCUGUAGUGGAAGAGGAGCCCAGGAGAAGCCAGGGUGUGAAGCAGUGAACAGGAGAAAGUUUCCUCCUGACUCCCUCCCAACCAGCUGGGAGGUUUUUGUAAAUUCUUUUUAGCAUAUUUAAUAAAGCCAUACAAAAUGAUUGCAAACGUAUUUAUUCAGUCACAAAUGUUUGACUCCCUUAAAAUACAGCAGACUAUCUGGGGAAGUACUAAGUACUAACUCCGUAUGUGUUCAGAUGAAGUCAUUAUAGCUGUGCAAAUAAACAAUGAUGAAGUCAAGUUGUCACAGUAAAUGUUGACUUCCAUUUACGUUUGGACUCUCUUUAACCAUUGACUGUUUUUCACUACUAUUGAAGCUCUUGCUGUUUUUGGUUUUUGACGUCCGUACUUGAUUUUGGUUUACUUGGUUUUUGCUGUAAUGACAACAGCUCGCCACGCAGACUUCAGUGAGCUCACGCUGUCAGGACUGUUUGGCUUUUUCAGUCGUCAUGACGUUGGGGUUGAGGUCAGACUGUGGAGGAAACUUUGUAGACUCGUCUCAUCGUCUGUGGUCUUUCAGCAGUGGAGUGUCUGUAAAAAAAGCUCCUGAUGAGGUGCAUCAUCAUGCUCUGCAUCCAUGCAUUGCCUUAAUGCAGUGCAUUGGCAAGUUUGCACUGCUCACACAAAGGUCACCCACAGCUGCCAUCGCAGGCCCAGGGUGCAGCCACACUGGUGCUUCGUCCAGGCUCCAUCAAAUGCAACUUCAAUGGAUUCAAUAAAAAUGAUAUGGUCAAUGUA